AUGGUGCGUUCCAUUGCAAUUGCUGCAGCAGCAGCGUAUCUGACCGUGUUCGUUGCGGAGGGUUCUAAUGCUCCCGAGAUUUCUCCCCAAGGAGUUUCUUCCAUUCCGAGUCAUGAAGAUGGAGUUUCAAAUACAGAACAACAACCUGCCCAGCAGUCACCUGCCGAAACAACAUCUACCGAAGCCCGGCCUUCCUCGCCGGUUAGCCUUCUAACAUCGCUGCUUCGUCUCGCGAGCUCUGUGAUUGCCGCGACCCGGUUCCGGAAGCAAGCUGCCGGAGAUUCCCAAGUUAGUGAUGGGAUCAGUAGAACAGGGGAGCCAUCCUUUGGAGAAUCUUCAAGCGAUGUAGCAGAUAUAGUAGAAGCCGCUCUAAAAGCAAGUGUCAUUCUCCCACCAGCACGUGGCCCUGGUGUUCUGGGUAAAAAGGAGGUGGAAACAAGAACCAGAUAUAUGGAGAAGGUACUUCAGCUUAUCGAAGAAUGUGAGGAAUCAGAUGAUAAAGUUGCUAGCACCGGCCAAACUCUUGGUCAUGUACUGCGCCUGGCAGAUGAUUGCGCCAGUUACUACGACAGAUCUGAAUUCGACGACAGUGUUACUCUCCUACAGCUCACCGACUAUUUAUCUGCAUUCGAUAAGUUGAAGGAUGCCCUUAAGCGCUACCGGGGCACCGACGAAUCUUCAGAUGAUGCAGAAAAAGUUGUAGAAGCCGCUCUAAAAGCAAGUGUCAUUCUCCCACCAGCACGUGGCCGUGGUGUUCUGGGUAAAAAGGAGGUGGAAACAAGAAUCAGAUAUAUGGAGAGGGUACUUCAGCUUAUCGAAGAAUGUGAGGAAUCAGAUGAUAAAGUUGAUAGCACCGGCCAAACUCUUGGUCAUCGACUGCGCCUGGCAAGUGAUUGCGUCAGUUACUACGAUAGACCUGAAUUCGACGACAGUGUCACUCUCGAACAGCUCACCGACUUCAAUUCUCUAUUCGAUAAGAUGAAGGAUAUCAUUAAGCGCCACUGGGGCACCGACGAAUCUUCAGAUGAUGUUGAAAAAGUGGUAGACGCCGCUUUCAGAGCAAUUGUCGUCCUCCCACCGGCACGUGGUCAUGGUGUUCUGGGCCCAAAGGAAGUGGCAACAAGGAUCCGGUGGAUGCAGAAGGUGCUUCAAUAUAUCAACGAGUGUGAGGAGUCAGGUCAUAAUGUUGAUAGCACCGGCCAAGUUCUUGGCCAUCGACUGCGCCUGGCGGGCUACACCCGUGGGUACUACGGAAAUCCUCAAUUUGACGACAAUGUUGAUCCACAACAGGUCUCCAAGUACAAGCAUCUAUUCGGAGAGGUGUUGGAUGUUCUUAAGCGUCACUUUCCUACGGAGGCCUAG